GACUGCUCCUGAGUUUCACCUGAGAACUAAAUAAGCAAGCUUCACCAGUACUGCCACACAGCCAGGCCUCACAGGAUCUACGCUUACUUUGGAUUAUUACCUCACUUUAAGGGUUAUAAUGAAGCCUGAAUUCACAAAGAGGAGGCUAAAGAUGGCUGUGUUGCUGCUUCUAACAAUCCAGAUGGAAACAGAUGUUUCAAAGGCAAUGCAGGUGACCUCAUCAGGGCCACAGACCAUCCAAAAGGCUCAGGGGGAGUCUGUCAACUUGGGUUGCACAUACACCCCCGGCCCCCAAGACACAGGAGAGCUGGACAUCGAGUGGUCCAACGUCAGCCCGGAUAUGACGCAGAAAGACCAGCUGAUCUUAUCCUUCACAGGAGGCCUGAUGCACCAAUACGGUGAUCCAAGUAUCUCCAGCAGGAUGAAAUUCACAGGGAAACCCCUGCUGGGCGAUGCCUCCAUCUCCAUCUCUGCUCUGAAGAUCAAAGAUACAGCCACCUAUCAGUGCAAAGUGAAGAAGGCACCGGGAGUGGAUGUGAGAAAAGUCACCGUGGUGGUGAUGGUUCGCCCGUCAGUGCCAAAGUGUUGGGUUGAUGGUGGCGAGGAGAGGGGCGGCACCGUCUCCCUCCGCUGUAAAUCCUCUGCGGGGUCCACGCCUCUGAGCUACACGUGGAGGAGAGAGAGCGGAGGUGCUAUUCCGGUCACAGCCACCCAAGACCCGCAGACUGGGGAGCUUUUGAUGAGGAACCACUCAGACAGCAACAUUGGAAGUUACGUGUGUGAGGCGCAAAACGCUGUCGGCAAAGCGCAAUGUAAAUACGCUCUGCGUGCAUACAACCCCACCAACAAGGCGGGUGUCAUCGCUGGGGCUGUUAUAGGAGCAUUGCUGCUGCUGCUCCUCCUCUUGCUUCUUAUCUGGCUCCUGAUCUGCUGCUGCCAUAAACGGCGCUACCAGAAAGAGGUUGCAAAUGAAAUCAGGGAGGACGCCCCGGCCCCAGACAGCAGACCCACCAGCAGAAACUCCAGUAUGCGCUCAGUGUUAGGGUACCGCACCCACCCUGGGGUGAUCUACAGCUCUGUGAAGAGCCACCUGCCCAGCAGGCAGUCAGGCCGCAGCGCCGUCUACGCGGGUGGUAACAACAACCCAGCAUAUCCUGUUACUGCAGGAGGGAAACCUGCCGACCUCAAAUACGACCCUCGAUAUGGUUACCCAGUGUGACAUCAAAACCAAUUUAUUUUUUAUUGUUAAGAAAAGUAUUUUAGGAAUACCCUGUUUAUUGCUUAUAUGACAGAAUGUGCAAUACAAUAAAUGUAAGUAAAGAAGUGCAGGUCUUCCACUACGGGGGACUUUUAUUUAAUCUGACCUCAGCCGUUGGACAAAGCACUGUCUGACUUUCAUAAUGCACUGUGGCACAUCAUUACUAGUGUAAACUAGAGAAAGACCACAUAAUACACGACUCAGAUUAUGCCCAAAGUGUUUGUAAAAUGUAUGUAUAUAAAAUCAUUUUUUGUUCUUGCCUUUUAUCCUCUGUGGUGUACAUGUAGCUCAUUGAAUUCAUGGUUUUUAUAAGUGUGUACAAUAAAAAUGGUUCCUCUUUUUUAAGA